GUUGACUUUCUAUGUAUAGAAACAAUUGCUGUGCGUACUAGCUGCUUGAGUGGUUCCAUAUACUACGGUCGAGCAAUUCUGCUAUCUUGAGAAUCAACCCGGCUUUCGCUAGGCUAGGAUUUUUCGCCCGUCCGUUGAUAAUACGCUGUACAGAACUCUUAUCUCGAAGCCCAUCCCACCGCUAAAAUCCUCAGUACGCUAGACUCCUUAGUAUUCUCAGCACUGCUUUUUGCCUUUUCAGAAUGAAAUCGCCGUUACAGACGGACGUGUUUGAGCGCGCGUCCCUGGCAUGGGGCAGCGCCCAUGGCUGCCGCGGUGCGAGCAUGAAGCGCGCCGGGCGGUGGGACCCGACGGACACGUGGCACGCGUUGAAGCGGCAACGGCUGGACGAUUCUAGCUGCUUCCCUCACUCCCACGCGGCGGGAGGCCCGGUGACUGACGCCGCUGCCCUGGUCAACGCUGCGCAACCCUUCACCGCACGUUGCGCCGGCGGCGACGGCGGCGGCGACAGAGGAGAGGCGCCGGUGCUGCCGAGCCAUGUUCGAAGCUCGCCGCAUUCGACGAGCGGAGCCACGGGAAAGCGGAAUUUUCCGGAGAUGGGGAACGAUUCCGAUGCACACGGAGGGACGGUGGAAAUGGUAGAGCGGAGAUAUAAGAAGAAUUGGGGCGAAAUUGGUACGCACGGCGACGAGGAGGUGGCGGGCGGAAGAGGGGACGGAGCGGGAGCUUGGGACAGCGGGGUUGGGGUUAUCAGAGCGAAACGGGCGAGCGAUAUGCGCGUCGAUGCCCUUCGUGGGUGUGCCUCUGACGGGGUACUAGCGACGGGAAAAUUGGCGCGAGGAGAGGGUGGUGGGUGUGAAGGGGCGGGAGCGCGGCAAGCAAGCAGGGAAGGUGGUGGGAGAAUACGCGGUGAAACCAGCGUGGCACAUCAAGUGCACGAAGAUGCGUCGGACGCUGCGUCUCUUAUGUUUUCUGACUUCAACUACUGGCGGCUGCCGUAUGGGGGUUCCUCCUUCUCUGGUGCGGGUAUGCUAGACGAUGUGGAAGGAGCUGAGUGGAGCAGAAGCAGCAUGAUGGGGGAUCGUGAUAGAUAUCCCCCCCUUGGGGGAAGCAUGAAGCGGACUGCGGGAAGGGAGGGGGGCGGAGAGUGGUGCAUGGAGAGGGGAAAGCGGCCGCGAUGGUUGUAGUGCGUCCUUUUGGCACGGCUAGCAGGAGCAGCAAACGAAGGUUAGCGUCCUAUCUGACGGUUUCAGACGGCGUGAGCGAGGGUGGAUGGUGCAGCAGGAACGCCGCCAGCACACCGCCAGCACGGACACUGGCUGCACUAACACCGCCAGUACAGAUACCGGCAGCUGGGGCACUGGUGACCGUGCUGCUGGUGUUUGUGCUGCCCGUGUCAGUGCUGCUGGGGUCCGUGCUGUCAGUUGUUGUGCUGUUGCUGUUCCCAUCUUAUCUCACACGACCCUCCCUCGCCGCAGCUGCACCUGGUGGUGAGCCGUCAACGACUUCUGCUGCAUGGCGUCACCUCUCCAAGCUCCACUGUUCCGCUCAGCCCACCAGAUGCAAUUGCCGAGCUGCACGGCGCAGCAUUGUUUCAGCUGGGACGUAUGCCAUGGGCAUGAUGACACUAUUACAACCAGACAACUCUAAUGAUAUUCCAGUCUCACUCAUGCCUUGCUUGAGUCAUCACAGCUUCAGUUUCAACUUUCAAGGUCCCUUGAGGCUGUCACAGUAGCGGGACAUCUUCGCCUCAGCUUUACAAUGCAUACUUACAAUGCAGAUGAAAAUUAUGCCAAAGACCAAUGGUCGUUUCUCAGCAUUGGAUGCAUUUGUGCUUGAUGUGAGUUGUGUUCGAAUACAAGAAUGACUAGGAGAGAGUAUAGGGGAAUAUAGGCUAGGGUGAUGUACCCUCUAAGGCACAAACCUAUAUAGUCUACAAUAAUAUACUAAGUUAUGU